CUACAGAAAGGGUCAUGAAUGUAGUCAAACGGGUCUCGUUAAAACGGCCCAGCCGCCGUUAGAAUAAACUUAUUAUAUUAUGAAGCCGGCUUUUUGCUCAAUGAUCUUUCUCGUUGACAAUGACCGCUGAUUUAUAUUAUAAACGUUUCAAGAAUAGUGAAUAGUGUUUGCAAAACAGCGCAUUUGAAAACGGGACUUCUAAAACGGAGUUUUGAGCAAAUUAAUUAUACACAUUCGUACUCAGUUAAAAUUAAUGAAUGUUAUUUCAUAUGAGUAGAGUGUUUUCAUGUGCGUGGUAAUGUCCACUUAAUUCCUAGUUGGACCUUUCAACUUCAAAUGUUCACGUGUGGUUGCUGGAAUAGUCUACAUAUAAUUAUGCGACCACAUUAUUCUGAUAUAAAGGUACUGGCUUUAGAAACUCCCAACUUAUGACGUCAUCGGCAAAGACAGACACUGCUCUUGGACACAUCGGCGGACGAUGGGUUCGGGAAUAAGCACAUUGUGCACCGGUAAGAGGUCGGUUUUCAUAGCGAAUAGUGUACGGAAACUACCGACUAUUCGUGAAGAUGACGUUGAUUCAGACUUUGACGUGGAACAUGAUCUGGAAAUAAAUCCGACGGCGGGAAAACUGCACCCAGCGGAAUCGCGGGAUUCUGGUAUAGGCGAAAACGAUGUUCCUAAUGGAUACUUUAUUCAAAGACACAAUAGUUCCGGGUUUUUGAAAACCUCGCCCGACUCAAGCCCGGAAACUAACAACAACGAUAAUGACACCGACGAGGAACACCACGUGCGUGUGUCUCGGCCGCAUUCGUGUCGUCUGGGUCACAGGGGUCACAGAGGUCAGAGCGCAAACUCGAAAAACGUACACCGAGCUGAGUUGUCUGAGUCACAAAUUCGAAAUCUUGUCCGUUCGGCCCGAAACCAGACGUCCCGUGGGGCGCAUAUAAUCGAAAACACCGCGUUUGAUUUGUCAGACGACAAUCUUUCAAUUAACAGCGCAAGUUCGAUGUCGCCGGACAGACGGCAGACCCAAGGUCGACCGAAAAGCUCGAGGCGGCGAUCGAAGGGUCGCAAGAAAAGAACCUCGGGCGCCGUCGAUGACAUUGACUCUUCCACGGAUACUGACGGCGUUAGCGACACGGACAUGCUGUCCAUACCGGACGAGACGGCGCCGUUCAGUUCAAGAGGCGAAGGCGCGGUGGUCACGCCGCAGCGUAGAGGGUGGGUGCGUAACGAUGACUUCACUGACGUCAUGAUAACGACGUCAGUGACGCCGCGCGUGGGCACCUCCACGGAUACGUACCGCGUCGUAAGUGGCACGUUCUCGGACGUUGACGUAAACCUGGCCAAGAAGGCGAGCGAACGCUCCAUCUCGAGUAUCAUACUAACUCCCUUGGAGGGCACGUGUACACCCACUAACUCGGAGUGUUUUGAUGUGUCAGGGUCACCCACUGAGUUGUGCUAUAACCAUUGUGAAGGGAAUUUGGAAGAUCUUGUGUCCUCGUUAGUCAGUGCAAUCGAGCGUCUCUGGUCACGUGACUUGGUGACGUCUUCGGACUUUGAGCACGUGAUGAAGGGACUGCGCUACCAAUUGGUUGCCAUGGCGAUGGGCCACAUGUGUCGCCAGGCGACACCGAGAAUCGAGGUGAAGGGAGAGCAGACGAACAUUUUCACAGAUGAGACUUGGCGCGUGCAGAUUCGUCUGCGAGCGGAGGAUGAGGAGAUCAUAGAAACAUCGGAGAGGACGUUAGCGCUGCACCUGUGUAACAAGGGGCGGCAACUUACCAGAGAGGACAUCUCCAUCUUACUUGCGGAACAUCUUAAAUCCAUAGAAAACCUUCAACAAGUACAAGACGCAUUCAGGCACCAAGAUCAAACAGAAUCUCUUUACAGCAGCUGUAAAACAGCUAGAGAGAGUGCAUCCGAAACUCGAAAACUGUUAAACAGGCGACCCCAAAGCGCAUCAAAACUGAGAAAACUGAAUUCGGAUAGUACCGCCACUUCGGAUACGUUGACUAUUCCUUUAAGAACGAAUAUCAAUAAUAAUCGCGUUGAAUUACCGCCAAUCGCGCCAAAUGAUAAAUCAAAAGGACCAUAUUCUAAAACUCUGACUAGCAAAAGGAAAAUAAAAGCUGUUUCUGUGACGAGGAAAUCUAACUCAACGAAUGAAAAUUGUGAAGCUUUACGAGUUGUUUCCCCUGAGGUUGAUUCAGUUAUUAACAACCAUGACGAAAACUUACCCAAUGAAUUAACAGAGAUAGAGUCGGAAGACAUAGCGCUGUUCGAGGAACUGAAAGAAGCGUUCCGAUUGCUGUGGCCGGCCUUGACCUUGGUGACAGUGCAGGCCCUCGUAGCUGAAUAUAGGCGAAGGGAGGCAAUUCUAAUACUCAGAGUUGUCGAACAUGCGCACUCACGAUCGAAACUGGAUGAGACUGCGACGCGAGAAACCAAAGCAGCAAGCGACACUUCACUGCACACCGGAAAUACCACAGGAAGUGCCAGCACAAUGGGCCAGCAGCACUCUAUAGACGAUAAUUCACACUGCCAUGAAAAGACUCUGCGGAAACUAGAUGAGGAGUUCCUGAAAGGGUUUGACAAGGACAAGGCUGACGUCACUGUCGACGCGUUCGUUGAGGCACUCACCGACCACAUGAAGAAGACCAGGCUAAUCAGGGUACAGUCCUUGAACUUGCGCGAGGAUGGGACGGACUGGGACGGGGAUCAGCGAUCUAAUAGUUGUACGGGAUUUAGUGUUAAUAAUGCCGCAAACCACACGUUGAAACGUCAGCACAGCUUCUGCGGUGCAGUGGCUAAAAAUAACACAUUUGGUGCGCACGGUGGUUCGAGACAGAACAGUUUCGUUCAGUCGCUUCCUGCUUCGCGACAAAAUAGCUACUGCAGAACUCGGUCUAGGGGAAGUACCGGAAGCUCAUACACGUAUUCCACUACGAGUUCCGGCGUCAGUUCGGCGGUGCAUUCGGAUGGACACGACAGUAAUGGGAGUAAACGCGCGAUUUCUAGGGAGCUUUCCUAUGGACUACUAACGGACUUCGAAGACAUUGACGAGCGGGAAGAAGAGGCGAAGACAGCGCGGGAAAACUUGACUGCUCGAGUCAGUGCAGCCGACAAAGUUAGACCGCCCUCGGGUCGAAGGUCAAAUGGAUCAAGGGCAGCCUCGGGUCAGAGUUACGAGCGGGAACGCCGGAGGGGUCAGACGCAGACCCACGGGUUGGGCUUAGCCGCCGUGGAGACCGUUCAGACUCCGGGGUUGAGGAAGAUCGAAGAGGACGCCAUGCCGAAGGUGGAAGAGUUGGGGUCCAAGAUGACGGUACGGAGCCGACCCGACAGCGGCAUCGCGGUCAGCAUGUCGUCUGCUAGCUAUUCCAGCUCCGAGCACAACAAGGAACGAGACCUGGACGAGCCCAGCAUCACUACCUCUUGCCAGGAAAUGGUGGAAACCGUUUCCAAGGUGCUACCUGAUCACCAUAACGAUUUGAAGAGCCUUGUGGCAGCCAUUACAAAGGGACUUAACUCUACAAACGCUAAGGCGCAGGCGCUCUACUGCUGGCUGACGUCACAAAAACCGGUCUCGUUUGAGAAUGCAACACACAAAUCGAGUUCACCGUCUGGAAAGUUAAAGCAGCUUCACGAAAAGAAGUUGGCAUAUCAGUCAAUGUACAUGGACAUGUUGAAGAUAGCUGGUCUGAAGUGUGAGAAAGUGGAGGGCUACGUGAAAAGCACUGACUAUCUUCCCGGAAACACGGUGCAGAGUCCAAAGUUCCAGCACACCUGGGUUGCUAUAGCAAUGGACGGUCACUAUUUGCUUGCAGACCCACAAUAUGGAGCACAAGGGGACCGGUUCAGUCAGCAACACUAUUUUGGCACGUCGCCGGAUGAACUUAUUUUAUCACACUUUCCAAAAGAUAAAAAAUGGCUGCUCAUGAAUCAGCCCGCGACGAUUGACGUAUUUGAGGGUACCGUGAAAACGUGGCCUGCAAUGUUUAAUUUUAGCAUUCGCCCUCUGAAUAUGAAAUCUGUGAUAAGAACUUACGAUGGGAAAUUAAGUAUUACCGUGUUACUUCAGAACGUGGCGGUAAAUCCGCAGUUGGAAUACGCCGGUCCUGGACCGGAAAUCGACUCGGACACUCUCGAGGAAAAAAUUGAUCACGAAAUCCGUGACGUAGAUAACGCUGAAACGUACCAUGUGACAUUACCGCAGGAAGGAAACUAUUAUUUUACCGUGUUUGCGCACGUGUUAGAAGACGAAAUCGACGUGCCUGUGUUCCAGUAUCGAAUUGAGUACAGUGACGAGUUAUUGUGAGUCAAAACGGUAUAAUUUCUUACAAUAAAAAACGCCCCCGGUCAACACGGUUUACCACAGAAGUCACAAGAUGACGCUGUGAUUAUUGUCUAUUACCCUAAAUGGAGACUUUUAAAUAUGUUAUUUGCCACUGGCCACAUUAAAAUAAUAACAUAUUGAACCAAUGGUUUUCUCAUUUGUGUUGUAACUUUGUGACAGUGGGGUGACUUGAAACGGUCUGCGUUCUUAAUUAACAUGUCUACGUGGUUGCCAGUGGAAAUAAUAAAUGUAAACCGUUCCGUGUUCCGAUAUUUGUUCCGAUUUGGUCGUUUUAAAAUCAAAAUGUGUAUUCGAGCAGUAUAACUGUGUUAAAAAGUGAAUAUGUGAUCGCUCCUGAUGCAAUGGUAUUGUUUAUUUUGCAUUUAAGAACGUCGUUAGAGUUGAUACUGUUGAUAGUGACAUUUCAUACAAACCUGAAAGCGUUUUGAGUAAAUGUUAAUUGUAUAUUUUAUCAGCCAGUUGUCUUAGCGGUGGUAUGGUGUUAUGUUGUGAAAUAAAUGUCUCUCUAAGCCAUUUGCUUCACAACACGUUUUGUUAUUGUUUUGAUCAUAGGCAAUACAGUGCUACGUCUUCUGUUAUAAAUAUGAGAGCUACGUAUUUAUUCACUGAGUCAUUCUUCACCGUAGAAUUUUGUUUUAGAAAAGACUGUUGUCUUUAAACCUUAUGUAUAAUAGAUUAUUUAUUAGUUAGUGUAUAGUAUAUGGUAUAUUAUUUUAUAAUGACAUGUUCACGUAUUUAAAAAACACAUUGCGUGAAAGGUGAUAUUUUGGGAACACAUAUCCGCUUUUAUUGUAUUUUUCGUUAAAGGGAAUUCUCUUCUUGGCGAAAUUCCAGAUAAGGCGGAAAGAGUCGUUCGUGAUUAGCAUGCGCUAAUUACACAGGCUAAUACGAGACGACACUGAAUGCACAUGCAUUUAGCCCAGAUUUCCCAAGAUGCCCAUUAGCAUUCAUUUAGUUUCCUUUUUUAGAAGAAUAAGCAGCCAGUCAUGUCAAGUGCCAGUGCUUGUUUUAACAAGUAGAACGUAAUCAGUUAAUAAUUUAAUUGAUUAAACUACCUGACUUUAUGUUUAUGUAUUCCAAAAUUAAAAGAUAUAGAUUGCAGAGGAAAAAACGUGUAAUACAUUUUUUGGAAGUUUCGUUUUAAUUUUAUGUAAAUAAUAUACAUUAUUUUCACGAUUGGAACGUGAUUAAUUGAAGUAGCGUUGUAAUGAUCACGUGAUAUUUGAUGUUUCACUUUGUUACACAUAUAUAAGCAACUAUGGGUGUUAUAUGUGUACAUGUAUAUCUGUUUGCAGUAGAAUACUGUAUUUUUAUGCAAAUUUACAUUUUAAUUGUGCCUGCUUUGGAUACAUGAGUACAACAGUUGUUGAGGUUUCAUCCAAAUGAAGAGAAUACAUGUUGGUUAGGAAUACUUCAUUAUCUUUAAUUGAAGAGAUUUUAUUUCUUAAAAUAAUUUACUAGUAUCUGAACUUCAAAAAAGAUUGGUAAAGAUUUUCUGUCAUUUUAAAUGAAAAAAUAUCUCGUUCUGUUCAGCACUUCAAAAUCUCAAAUCGGUCUUUGUUUUGUAAUACAACUGUGAUGCAGGAAACUGGAAACCAAAUCUUUGAAUAGGUUGUUGGUAGCCUCGCUUUGAGUUUUGACCGUUUCUUAUUGCAGCUGGAGCAUAGCUUUGUGAUAUACAUGUAUGUAAGUAGCGUAAAUAUCAACAAACACAGCUAUUUAAAAUAACAGUUCAUGCGUGCAGGGAACAUGUACAUAACGUUAGCCAGUGAUGAAAACGCUAUCUUUGUGAUGAAAUCUUUUCGCUUUGCUCCUCAUGUAUUCUGCGGGUCACAGAGCGUCUGACCUGAAACAGUAUUAUUGGAAUGGUAUGGGUAAAGGUUGUGAUAGCCUGCUUUCCUUUAUUGCACUGCGGUGAAUGUGUGGGUGUGUCCGUGUACAUUUUCAUCUGCAUAUAAUGUAUAUUUUAUACUCACUGUAUCUAACUUGUCACCUUGUUUUAUUCCAAUAUGACGUUAUUGCAUUUUUGAUUAACGUUAAUGGUUAGUGUUUUCAAAUUAUUUUUGUUCACUUGAGAUGCUUGUUUAUUAGAAUGUUAAUUGUCUAUGUUUGUUUUGCCUUGUUACUCCUGUUAUCGUUGACGGUUUAAGUUUCUGUUGAUUGUGUUAUUUAAAACGAAAACAGUUUACAACGUUACUUACUAUUCAGUCACGAACAAAUGCUUUCUGCUGCGUAUAUUCAUAUUAUGCAUACUUAAAGACACUUUAAUUCCGUCCAAGGCCUGCGUUUGAUGCUCAUAUGUCGCUACUAUAAUUCCGUCCAAGACUGACGUUUAAUGUUCAUAUGCCAGGGCGUAAAAGUAUGUUAAAAUAGUGUCUAUUUUAGAAAGUUAUUAUUGAUGUUUAUUGUUCAUAAAUAACAGCCUGCUAAAGGGAAAAGAAUAUUAAAUUAUUGUCCAUUUAAUAAAAUAAUUGGCUUCUUCAGCACGACUAACAUGAAUACCGAAUUCAGGCAUGUUGCAUGAAUUCAAUCAUCUUGCUUUCAUGCUCUUGUUACAACAUUUAGAAGCCUAGAGAUAUAUCUGUGAGAAUUGUGUCAGUAUUUUAUAAACUCCCCUCUGUGAUAUUUAUGUAAAAUCUAUUGCUUAUACAAUCUUAAUAAAUCAAUGAUAAAAUUGA